AUGGUCACGAAAAAUUACAACGAAUAUGUAACACAUAGGAAAACGCAUCAACCCUUCACCUAUGAAUGUAGAGUGCCCGGUUGUGGGCGGACAUUUGACCACAAAGCAUCAUUUUGCAAUCACAAGCAAACGCAUAAACCUCAUCCUCAGUGCGAGUACUGUAACAAAUUCUUCACCUGCAAGAGUGGACUACAAAAUCACAAAAGGCGUUGCCAAACAAAGUCUUGCGAACGAAAAAGCUACGAAUGCCUUUACCCCGGGUGUGCUGUGAUCGCAAAAAGUUACAACGAAUAUGUAACACAUAGGAAAACACACGGUCAGCCCUUCAUCUAUGAAUGCAAAGUAGCCGGUUGUGGACGAACAUUCGACUAUAAAUCAUCACUUUCCAGUCACAAGAAAACGCAUGAGCCUCGUCCUCGGUGUGAAUGCUUGGCAAAUUCUUUUACCGUAUGA